AGCCCACAUACUCGACGCAACUCUUCAACUUGGAAUUCACUUGACUUUGGAGAGAGCUUGCACGAUCGAUCAUCACACAAGUUUCAUUCAGACAAACCCUAGUCUCUCCGAAAUGCAAGAGAAGAAGGCAGACAUGGCGACCACCAACACCUCCUCUUCGAACAAAAACCCUAAAAAGGCGAACCUCUUGGAUCAUCACUCCAUCAAGCACAUUCUCGACGAGUCCGUCACUGAGAUCGUUACGGGCCGUGGAUACAUUGAAGAUGUGAGGAUGAGUAACAUUAGGUUGCUUUUGGGAACGAUCAUCAUUUUCAUUGCGCUCGUCGCUCAGUUUUACCCUAAAAAGUUUCCCGAGAACAGGAAUUUUCUGAUUGGCUGCAUCGUAUUGUAUAUAGUUUUCAAUGGAUUUUUGCAGCUGAUCAUAUACACAAAGGAAAAGAAUGCGAUUUUGUUUACCUAUCCUCCCCCUGGAUCGUUUAACAGCACUGGAUUGGUGGUCUCUUCCAAGCUGCCAAGGUUCUCUGAUAUGUACACUCUUACUGUAGCAAGUGCAGAUCCCAAAUCAGUAUCUGCAAAGCCACCCGUGGAAUUUACAAAGAGUGUCACUCAGUGGUUCACCAAGGAUGGAAUUCUGGUGGAGGGCCUCUUCUGGAAAGAUGUAGACGGGCUAAUAAAUGAUUAUGGAAGAGAAUCUAAAAAGAGCAAGUGAAUUUGAGGUAUAGACCUCCUUUGAUAGGAUCCUAGUCUGACAAAAGGGGCUCCCUAUUUUAUCGAACUUAGAUGAUCUUUAAAUUGAAAUUAUGGGUUAUUGCUUGAAUGGAUUUUGAGCUGAAACUAUGAAAUCGACAUUGCGAUAAAAUGCGAAGAGAAUUUAAAACUUUUUUAAGUAAAUGAAAUUUUGGGUGCAUUUGUCAUCCUUUGGGUCUAUUUUCAUUAACUAGCGAAUUUCUUUGAUGCCCAAUGUAACUAUAAUUUAUAGAAGCAGAAGUUGAUUGUUAUUCAUUGGAAAUUUGGGUCUGGAGUCGGCCAAACUUACCGUGUAACAUUAGCUUGGGCGUCUGUGCAACUACAAAAGUGGAUUGGUGGCUACUUUUUUGGGCAAUGUAAUGCCAGGUUUGUUAUUUAUUUCGUA